CAGGCCUACCAGCCAGGACCGAUCAACCUCCUCGCGAUGCUGCUUCAUCAAGUAGGCUGGCGGAUUGUUUUUGCACAGCGGCGGUCGUGAAAUUCGGACGUGAGGCAUGUCGCAUUUGUGACGAUUGACGACAACGCGGUAGACAGAGAGGACUCCGCCAUCGGGAUGUGCGACAAUUUCUGGGAGCCCCUGGCCGAGAUCUACAUCGCGGAUCGGGAGGCCUCCGAUCCCGAUGAUUACAUUUACUGUCUUUGUAGCCGAAUAUUCAUCCGGAAUCCUGAGGUUUAUACUGCCUUAGCUUCAGAAGAUGCCAGCGAAGGGGAAGGUGCAGAUGGAGAUUAUGUGGGAGAGAUGCUGGAUCUUUGCAAGGGAUCUGGAAUAGAAACACAAUCCAUAGAAAAGCAUGAUGAAGAGCCAGUUAGCUGUUAUUGCAGCGCUUCUCACACAGAUAACAAUUAUUCUACGGACGAACAUGACUCUGUACGCGAUUCGGCUCAUUGGCCCACUGCACAUUCCUUAACCCAAAAAUUAGGUCUACAUCAGUCCGAUUCUGGUGCAGACCUAUCCGAGUAUCAUGAUCAGCACGAGGCAAAAAGUAUACAGAAUCUUGUAGCAUCCUAUGGAAAAACUUUCCAAACUAUUGAAACUGAGGUUGAAAACAAUUCCGAAAAUGUAGAUAUGAUUGAAUAUAAACCUGAAUCAGGUGACAAGGAAUCAAUGAUACAAAAUUUAUCAGAUGGUACCACUGUAUUAGAUGCAGAAGGACACAAAGAUCUCAUUGCACAAUAUAAUUAUAACUCUUACGCUUAUCCCUAUUCUGCAGAUUAUGGCAGUAAUAAGAGUGAAAUGGAGAUAGCAUGGGACAAGUAUUGGGCUAAAUACGGAGAACAAUUAAUCUGGGCAGCCUGGAUCGAAAAAUAUGCAGAUUAUAUCAAUCCUGAUUACUUUCAAAAUAACAUACGCACAACAGAAGACGAAAAGUUGCAGGAUGCAGAAAUUAAUGAAGUAGCCAUAGAAAGAUAUUUUGAGCAAAAUACAUGUUUUCCGUCGCAAGCGCAUAAGAAUUGCGAACUUCUACGUUCUAACUUUGCAGGAAUUUUCAAUAAGAGUUAUUCGAGCGACAGCGAACUAAAGCCAGCAGCGAUAUCUUCUUCAAAUACUAGUUUCUCAUUUGAACAAACAAGUAGGCAAGAAGUUAAUGACAAAGAUGCAGACGAAAAUAGGAAGAAAAUUCUCAAUUUCGAGAUAUCACCAGAGAAUGGCGAUGGUUGGAAUCCGUUAAGCCCACUUAGUAUAGAAGAAAAUUAUAAUCAUCAAUCUAAUGCAGAAGAUGAGAGGCUAUUGAUGAGAUGCGACUCCGUUAAUGGCUCAGUAACGAAAACGAACGCGACUUCCGAUUCCAUGACCAACGUUACCAAAAUGACGUUAACUAGUUCCAGUUGCGAUUCCAAUUCCGUUCAUUCGUCUAGUCUCGUCACUUCCGCUACAAGUUCCAUAGAAAGCAGCAUAACCAGUAGUUCCGAUCAAGAGAACGAAUUUUCAGUGGAAGACAACGACAGAUAUUGGCAGCAUCUAUGGAAGGAGAAUUUUAAGACACAGUAUCAAAAACAUUAUGAAUUAUUUAUAGAAAAUUAUAAAAAGGAGCACAAUAUAGAUUAUAAUCAAUUAUAUUUUAACACGUUAAAUGAACCACGUGGCGAUUCGAUUGUACUACAACAAGACGAAGAUAUGACACUGCACUGUCAAAAGGAUAAAAGUGGCGAAGAGAUUUUAGAGACUCAUGCCCGUAAAGAUCGAAGAAAGGAGAGCACAGAUACUGUACAAAUUGACUCGACUAUACUAAGCAAAGCAAAUUCUGGAAAUAAAAACUCGAAAAGAGGCAAUACAUCGAAUUCAAAAUCCAAGUUGAGGACAAAGAGGCUAAUUAUGGAUUCAGUGGGUAUCCUUAUGAAGAAUUUAACAAUAAGAGUAGAAGAAAAUAAACCGACUGAUGUUGUUGAAGAAGAAGAAAUGCGCGAAGAACUGCAGCAAACUCAUGCUCAAGAUUCAAUAGUUACCGAAACUAAAAUGGAAACAACGGCUUCCAGUAGCAAUUUUAAUGAUAGUUAUCAACAGAAGUUUUCUGAUGGAGGAGAUGAAUUUCACGAAGAGGUUCAAGAAAUUUACAAACAAAGUCACGAGGCUGAUUAUAAUGAUAAUGAAGAUGGUCUAGAAACUGUUAAAAAAGCCUUUUCAUUAAUGGGUUAUGCCAAUUCAAUUGAAAAUGAAAGCCAAAGAAAAUUACAAGGCGAAGUUGUUUAUCGGAAACGUAAUAUCAGACGGCAAAGUUUUCAUUUGAUGGCGGAACUUAAACGAUUGAAAACUAAAUAUAAAACUACUCUUGAUGAUACAGAAACAAUCACCAGAUAUGCAAAUAAGACAAAGUAUUUAUCUUGUGAUUCGGCGGAAACCGAUGUACAAUUUAAUGAUAAAGGUUCCUACACAAAAGCACAAGCUGCAUUUACGUCAAGUUCCGAUGAUGAAGAUAGUGUAAAGAAAAUGCAGAGGAAAAAGAGAAAGAAGCAGUUCAAAAGGUUAAAUAAAAUCCUUCCGAAAGAGAUAGCCAAUGACUAUAGGCUAUGGAAAUAUUAUAUUAAACGGUUUGGCCUCUUCAGCAGAUAUGAAGAUGGAAUUAAAUUGGAUCGAGAGAGUUGGUUUUCUGUAACACCAGAAGAAAUAGCAAAGGAUAUAGCAGAAAGGUGCAGAUGUGACACAAUAAUUGAUGCAUUUUGUGGCGCAGGCAGCAAUUCCAUUCAGUUUGCAUUUACAUGUGAAAGAGUAAUCGCUAUAGACAUCGAUCCUAAUAAAAUUAAGAUUGCUCGACACAAUGCGGGAAUUUAUGGUGUGGAUGACAGGAUAGAAUUUAUUACUGGAGAUUUCCUGCAAUUGGCACCACAGUUGGUUGCUGAUGUUGUGUUUUUAAGUCCGCCAUGGGGCGGUCCUGAUUAUAUAAAGAGAAGAGUAUUUGAUCUCGAAAGUAUUAUACCUCCCAUUGGGGGAAGAAGUGUAUUCAAAGCAGCAAGAAGAAUCACGCAACAUGUGGCCUAUUAUCUUCCUAGAAAUUCAGACCCUCUGCAGAUUAUCAUGUUAGCUGAUAGGUAUGAUAAAGUGGAAAUUCAACAAAAUAUGUUCAAUGGGAAGUUUACUGCUUGUACAGCUUACUUUGGUGAAUUGGCCAGAACGUAAUUUUAAUGAAGAAAGAAAACAAGAUAUUUUAGUUUGCAUUUUUCAGUUAUUUUGACUUGCUUAUCAGAACUAAAAUCGUGAUACACUUCUUUUUAAUUAAAGUAUUAAGGUAUUUUACUCUGUGAAACUUGGAAAGAUAAUGUAAUUUAUAUUUUACUACUUCCAAAUUCUAUUACACAUUUUUUAUGUAUGUUCUUCCAUAUAUACAUAUAUAAUUUUAAUUAUUAAUAAAUAUAUCUAAGAGAGAGUACUUCUCACAAUAUAUUAAGAAUUUUAUUUUAAGAUUUUACAAAAUUUUUAAAUAAUGAGACGAUGUGAUGAAAAUUAUUUGUUUUGUUUUUUGUUUGUGAUGGAUAAUUGUCGACGAUCUCGCAAUGUUUAUCGUAAAACGAAACUGAAAAAAAUACCAAAUAUGGUAAAAUAAAAUUUUUGAAAUAGCAGGAA